CCUUGUCUCUUAAUUUUCUUUUUGAUAUUGUAGGUGUACCAUUCAAAUCUUAUGCCCCUGGAAUGGACAGCGGCUAAAAGAGAAGGGAAUGUUUGCUAUGCCAAGUUAAUAUGCUUAAUUUCAGAAAAUGAAAGAGUUAUCGGAUUUCAUUAUUUGGGACCAAACGCUGGGGAAGUUACUCAGGGAUUCGCAGUAGCUUUGAAAAAAGGAGCCACCAAGGCAGAUUUUGAUUCUACUAUAGGAAUUCAUCCAACUUGUGCUGAGAUAUUUACAACACUUUCUGUAACCAAGAGAUCUGGAAGAUCUACUCUACAAGCAGGUUGCUGAGGUUAAACUUACUGCUACCUAAAUAGAAAUGGAUUAUAUUUCCUUGAAAAAGGAAUUUGCUGCUAUAUUCCAAAGAAAUUUUUAAUUCUAUGAUUAAUGUUUCUAUCAUCAGUUGUAUUUUAAUUUAUGAAUUAUUCUUUAAUGCAAUUAUUUCUUUUUCAAGGAUUAUCCAUUGGUAGCAGUAGGUUUUAUUUUUAUCUACCAAGCAUUGUGUCUGGUAAAUUUAAUGAUGGCUUUUCUAUAAACCAUUGCAAUGGGUAGAAAAGUCGGAUGUCUCCGGAUUCAGUGCGAGGUUCUACAAUUCAUACAAGUAUUAAUAAAUAGACUGCAAAUUUACUUAUACUGUUAAUUUAUAAAUUUCAAAUUAUGUGAUAAUUUAUAUAGCUUAAAUGGGCUUUUGUAGUAUGUUAAAAGUUUUUUUUUUUUUUUUUUUUUUUUUUUUCAAAUAAAGCUAUAAAAUACAAUAAUUUUUUGACCCUCUGUAAAAAUUUUCUUUUUGGUGGAACUUAGUAUAAUGUAAUAAUGAAAAAUAUUGAUAAUGUAAUACAAAUUUAUAAAUGUAUUUCAAAAUUUUGUUUAACUGUUUAAUGCUGCCAUAUAAUGUUCAAUUUUGUUUAUAUUCUGGUAUUUGUUGAAGUAGCUCUAACUUAAAUAUUGAUAUUUUCCAAGUGAUCUGUAAAUGCAAAAUUUUUACCUGGUUUAAUAAUAAAGCUUUAAUUAUUUACAUAGAUUGAGCUUUUAUUAUGUAAAUAAGUUAAAAACAUUGGCAUUCUAUUCUGAUUUUAAAUCAUAUAUGACAUUAUAGUCAGGGAGAGAUUUUAAAAUAGCUUAAAACCAUGCACUUGAAAUCUAAUAAUUGUUUUGCUUCUUCUUAAUAUACACAUCUUAUAUUGGUGUAUAUUUGAAAGAUAAUUAUGUAGAUGCUGUAUUCAUGUCUAUUUAAAGAAAUAAAUCAUAAACUUGAAGAUAAAGGGAAAAUAUGUAUUUCCAAGAGUACAGGUAUGUUCUGUAUUCUUUGACUGAGCCUGUAUUUAUCUCCUCAUAUAAUGCAUGCUUCUUAAUUUGUCAUAAGAUCUCACAUUUAUUUUUCAAAUGAAUAAAUUUUGAGCAUGAAA